GUUUGGAUCAGGACCCACAGAGAGCAGACGCAAAGGCAGCAGGAGGAGACUUUCCGCGUGGACGGACACGCGACGCCCCUGUGUUUGGAUACCAAGUUUGGACCUUAGUGGAUCUUUUUGUUUGGAUUGUAUCAUAAAAGAUUCCCAAGCUUGGAAUUACCAUGCGGCCUCCACUUGUCCUCAUCUUCCUCUCGUCCAGCCUGGUUACGUGUUUUGAGUGUCCAGCAGAUUGUACUUGUCCCAGUCCCGGCUCAAUAUUUUGCAUCAAUCGGCGAUCCAACACUGUGCCCCGGGUUCCUGCCAGCACAUUACAACUUUUCAUCUUUCAAAAUGGUAUCAACGCUUUGACCCAAAAUGAUUUCACAGGACUAGGGGACUUGGAUUUGCUAGAUCUGAGCCAGAAUGAGUUGGGAGAAGUUCCGGAUGGUGCAUUCAAGAUGCUGUCGAAGCUGAAGAAUUUGGACUUGUCAUCUAACGUCAUCACUCACAUUUCAAAAGACAGUUUUUCCGGCUUGGUACAGCUGGAGAGACUGUAUCUCCACCAAAAUCACAUCCAGAGCAUUCAACAGGACGCUUUUGAAGGUUUAGAAAAGCUACUUGAACUCAAGCUCCACGGGAACAAACUCACCUCCUUGCCAUCCCUCAAUCUACCCCGCCUAUUGCUUCUAGACCUGAGUUCUAACAACAUUCCGAACUUAGAUGUCUCAGACCUUCAGACGCCACACUUAGAAAACCUUAGAAUGGCUUCUCUUGGGCUUAUUUCUCUGGAUGAAGAUCUUCUAGGCUCCCUGGAGAACCUCCACGAACUAGACAUCUCCAUGAAUCAAUUAUCUGAGGUUCCCCAGGCUUUAAAGAAGGACUCCCUCAAGGGUUUGAUCAAGCUCAACCUCGCUUCGAACCCACUGGGUGAGCUCAGAACAGAAGACUUUCAGAAACUCACCGGACUCCAAGAAUUAGAUCUGAGUGGUCUCAAUCUUCAGGGAUUCCCCCAAGACUUUUUCCAGUCUUUCCCGAGAUUGGUACAUCUGGAAGCAGCUGAGAACCCAUUCAAUUGUUGGUGUCCCAUGGCUUGGUUUUCAGUAUGGCUUAGAGAGAAGAAAAUAGAUCUGGGAAGACAAGGGGAUACUAGGUGCCACUUUCCUCUGGCUAAUGCUGGGAAGAUGCUUUCUGUCCUGGAACAUACAGAUUUUGGAUGUCCACCAACCACCACUUUGCUGAUGAAAUCCCCUGUUGGGAGUACUCCACUUCCACAAGGCCCUACUACAACAGAAACAAGCCAUACCAAUGCAAUCCCUUCUCUUCCUCCUCCCCCACCACCGAGUGAACAAACCCCAGACUUGAAAACAUUCCCGCUUCCAUCAGAACCACACGCCUCCCCUACCUCCACCAGUGGGGAAUAUGUCCAACAUAUUUGUCCUGCAAACAUCUGUCUUAACGGUGGCACUUGUAACUUUGAUCCAAUGGGACAACUAGGUUGCCUUUGUCCUUUGGGGACAUCCGGAAUCUUCUGUGAAAAUCUCAACGACGUACCCGACCCGCCAAAACCUUCUGGAACAGAAGCGUCUGUAGAGGCGUCCACCAUUCUUGCUGAACUUGACGCUAUCAGCUCCCGCCAGGUGACCUCCACGUCCAUUCUUCUUGACCUGCACCUCUUCAUCAAGACCCGGCCAAAUAUCCGUGGCAUCAGGCUGACCUAUCGCAAUCUCUCAGGCCCUGACCGUCGCCCGAUUAUUCUGAGCGUGCCUGCAUCCUACCCGGAGUACACUCUGCGUGGACUGCGACCCAACUGUACCUACUCGGUCUGUGCGAGUCCCCUCGGAGAAAGAAUGACCACGAGGUCCAACAGCUCUGUUGAGACGGGGUCAUGUACAGAAGCUCGGACUGCGGGGGUUCCACUGACAUCUUUAGAACCCCGAGUGGAGACCCAGAGCUCCCUCACAUAUACUCUAAUUCCUGCCAUAGCUGCUCUGGCAAUAGUGCUAGGGUUGGCAUUGGUGGCAGGUCUUAUAAUCUGCAUGAGAAAAAGAAGGCAGAAUAAAGCGAAAAUGGAGCUGGAGCUGGGUCCCGCCGAUCCAGACGAUUCAUUACGAGUUGAAGGCAUCAAAGCUUGUCCAGAAAAUGGGGAAAAGGGUCCUCUAUCCCACAAACAGAUUGAAUUAGACCACUCUCACACCUCACAGCCACCCGCAUCCUUACAACAAAAUGGCAACUUGGACUACGAGGUACCAUUGAUGCAAGGACAUUCCCCCUCAAAUAACAAUCGAUCGCACCUUAAGCCAUCGUAUUUCUGAGAUUCAGUAAUCUAUGAACAGUUGUAAGUCUUGCCGAUCAAGACUUGAGAAAUUCUGCUACAACCUUUGUAGUGGUUUAUCAUUCUGAAGUUUGCUUCAGUUAGGAUGUGGCACAACUGACUGGUUUGUCCAUUCAGAGAACAAGAAGUAGCAGUCACACUCACGACAAAUUAGGUCUGUGUACCUAUCGACCAUUGCUUUUGUUUUAAUUUCAGAAAAAGACAAAUUUAAAACUAUGGGGCACCGUUUGUAAAGCAGCAAAUGCUGAAAAUUACGACAUUUUCUCAAAUUUAGCGCCGCAUCAGUGUUUAAAAUGUGGUGUGAACAUUUUAGUCACUUUUUUUGCACAUUUACGACAUUAUUUAGCAAUUUAAAUAUUUAUUUUUAAAUAACAAUUAUUAGACUUGAAUGUUUAAAUCCAGAACUAAAUUAAAUCUUUAAUCUAAAUCUUAAUUGUAAAUGUAUAUCUUACAUAUAUAUCUUAAAUCUAAAUGUUAAAUAUAAAUCCUUAAUCUAAAUGUUAAAUCUAAAAUGUUAAAUAUAAAUCCUAAA